AACCGCCCACUAUAAGAAGAAGAAUUAGUCCACCCGCAUCCUAAUACGGUCCCAAAGAAUUAGUCCAAUAAAACCCUAAUAAUCUUCCAAAUUCCAGAUUCUGAAAGUUCUGUUCGAUUCAAUUCAACCAUGUCGCAGUUCGACGAAUUCACUCUCCAUGAACCAGACCCGAGCCCAAUCGACCCUCAUGCACAUUCCCAUACCCAAUCCCUCGAUCCCCUCGCACGACGCCGUACAUUUAUCUCCUCCGUCACCGACCGCAACCCUUUCGAUUCCCAAAGCUACGACUCUGACUGGUUCUCCGAUUUGGGAUCCACCUCGGACCGGGACGUGGGCCGCUUCCUCAACGACCUCUUCGAGCGCCGAUCUGAUGAUGGUUAUGAUUUACACGCUUUCGAUGUUCCUGGCUCGGGCUCCGACCCCUUUUCCGAGUUCGAGUUCGAGUUCGCAAAUGGUGGUGAAUUCGGAUCGGAUCAAGAGGAACUGCCGGGUAUAGGGUUUGGAUUUGACAUUGAAUUCGAUGCGCAGUACUCAGUUGGCGAUGGUCUCCGCGUUGCUGGGCUUGAUUCUGAGUCGGACCCGAGUGUGGAAUUCAAUUCCGAGGAUUCGAAUUUUCGUUUGGACAGCUUUUGUUUGGAGGAGCAGAGGACUGGGUUUGAGGGUUUCGAAUGGGAGGAAGUUGAGGAAGGCGUUUUUAAUCAGAGAGAAAACCUAGGCAUAAUGGUCGAGGAGGUCGAGGAGUUAUCGGUUGGUUCAUCGGAAGAAGUAGGGGUGCGAAAUCUUGAGUGGGAAAUUCUAUUAGGUGCGAAUAUGAGGUUAGAACGUGCAUUUGAUGCGGAUUCAGAUUCGGAUUCGUAUCUAGCGGCAUUUCAGGAUGAAUAUGAUGCGGAACCGGCUGAAUAUGAUACCAUUUUUGGGCGAUUUGGGGAUAACGGAAGGGGCAGCCCUCCAGCAGCGAAAAGGGUUGUGGAGAAUCUUCCUUUUGUGGAGUUAACGGUGGAGGAAUUGCAGACUAACGCUUUGGUCUGUGCAGUUUGUAAGGACGCGAUUGUAGUGGAGGAGAAGGUGAGGCGGCUUCCGUGCUCUCAUUAUUAUCACGGGGAUUGCAUUGUGCCGUGGUUGAGUAUAAGGAAUACCUGUCCUGUUUGUCGGUAUGAAUUACCCACCGAGGAUACGGAGUAGAGGGUUGGAGGUGGUAGUGGUGGCAGUGGGGAAAUGCGCGUCGAGGAGCUGGGCUUGCAGGAAACUUAUUGCAUUGUUUAUAAGUAAGCGAGGAUUUUAUUAAAAAACACAAAGGGCAUAGCCCAGGCCCCCAAAAACUUCGGCUUUUUGUCCAAUCUAAAAUGUCCGUUGGCUGUCUCUGUGCUUGUGUGAGAUAUAGAAAGUGGUGGGGUGGAGACUGGUCAUUUCACGGCUGGUAAUGCACUCCACUCACAAGCGUGGUGGAUGGUGUUCAGCCAUUUCUGCCAUUUUUGUUUGUUCUUUACAAUGAUUGAUUGGAACACCAAUGGCUGAUGCUGCAAUCCAGACUUGAUUUAAUUUCUGACGACUAGCAGAGAGAUUUGAAUCGUGGGUGUUUUAGCAAGCACACCAAUUGGUGUUCAAAUUGUCGUAUUCGUAUAUUUGUCACCCCUUUAACCAUUGUAGUGUCAUUUCAGGCUCCAA